GGUAGAGGAUCUCAAUCCGGCCUGGCCAUCUCCUUCCUCGCUUCUGCCUCAGUGCUGGCGAAACCGCAGCCACACACGCCAGUCGGUGUCUGGCGGCACACCGCGGCAGCCAUGGCUCGUCCUUCGAAGCUCUACCUCCUCUCCUACAACUCCCUCCAGUCGCUUGGAUGGUUCAUCGCCCUCAUUCGCCUCCUGCCCUGCCUCGCCCCUCCCCUCUCGGUCCACUCCGCGUACGCGGUCGCCGGCGACCUCAUCUGCUUCCUGCAGACCUGCGCAAUUCUUGAGACGGUCCACGCCGCCAUCGGAUUGGUGCCCACCGGACCGCUCCUUGCUUUCUUGCAAUGGGCAGGGCGGACUCACUUCGUUCUCGCUGUCGUCCGGCAAAUCCCCGAGGUUCAGAGCAGUCCAUCUGUGUUCAUAACAUUUAUAGCUUGGAGCAUAUCUGAGGUCAUCCGCUACUCUCAUUAUGCUCUGACUACCUUAAAAGUUUGUCCAGCAUGGCUGACUUAUCUCAGGUACACUGCUUUUAUCCCGUUGUAUCCAAUCGGGGUAGGGCCUGGAGAAAUGUGGACUAUGUACCAAGCUCUUUCAUUUUUGAAGGAGAGGAACCUCUACGCAGGUUUCUUUGAGAAGCUCUCCAUUAGCUACCACUCCUUUCUCAUGGGAGUGCUGGUGUGCUACCCGUUUCUGUGGCUGAAGCUGUACCUGCAUGUGUUCAAGCAACGCAAGUCCAAGCUGGGAAAGGUGGACGGGAAGAAACGAGCCUGAGAAAAUCGUGUCCAGCUCAGGUGCCAUUUGUCACCGACAUGCGAACUGCUGACGGGUCGGUACAGACUGUUAAGGGAUCUAAGAGCUGAUGCGGUUGUAGAGGCUCUGCUGAUUUGAGUGGCAACUUAACAAACUAUUAGCAGACUUCCGGGUUCUUAAGCUUAUUUCAGUUGUUCUGCUCUGCUUGUUUGUCUAUGAGAAGA